UGCGGCCCGUACGUUCACCGGGAGCGGUACAGUCGGUUGCGUCCACACUACAUCGCGCCGAUACUCUGACAAGCUGAAAAAAAAAUUACGUAAAUAUUACAGCACUCACGCAUUGAUUAUGAAACGUCUGUGACUGGAAGGUCGAGUCCUGGACAUCCUCACGUAACGUGUGCACUGUGCGUCCGCGUUUAGUUGUUUGUGCGAUCCUGUUUGACCCUGGUGAUUUUAUUUUAUUAAGUAUAUUGUUUUGUAACCCUCUCCCGUGGUGUUCAUUGUAUCGUUCAUUUCUGUGUUUCUGUUGUGAUUUAUUUCUGUAUCUUUGGAUUGUCACUGGAGUUGUUGAUGUGACAGAGCUACCGGGAUGGCGUAGCGAAGACUUCAUUUCUCCACUGCCAGAGAUGGCUUUCAUCAAAACUCAGACUUCCAAUGUACUAUAGUGUGAACAUUCUAGUGGUGUGUGUGAUAUCAAUGACACGGUGAAAAUUAAUCACAACAAUGGGGAGGCGACGCUGGAGACUAGUUACGAUCACGGCGUUCUUGCUGUUCGUCACAAAAGACACCAAGUGUCAAGAUGAAAACCACUAUUUCUUUUCACCGGUAGAAAAAAGUUUUGCUCAAGUUCAACCGCCUUUAUUUCCAAAUGCUCGCCCAUCAUCAGCAUUCUUCGAUCAUGGGGAUAACUACAGGGUUGCGCCGACCGUGCAGCAACCACUUUACAACGAGGGCCAGUCAAGAUUUCCCAGCCCUAACUACAAUCAGAACCCGUCACCUUUUCAAUUGCCGACGGGCAGGAGUCAAUCCGGAACCCAGUAUUAUGUAAACCAACCCGAAUUUACUGCACAACGACAAAGGUUCAGGCCCGCCUUACCUUACAACUUCCAAAUGGUUUCGCAACAUCCAGCUUCAACCAAAAGGCCCGAUGUGUCUCAAAUACACUCCGUUGCGUAUCAAAAUGAUCCUUCUAAACCAGAAACCUUUUUAGGCCAAAUCACUUUAAAUAAUCCCGAUAUUGACUACUUACAAAAUAAUAGAUUCAAAACUCUACCAUUUGACGGUAAUAGCUUGAAGAGUAACGGACAAAGCGGUCACAUUCCACAUGACGAAGAUAUUGAAAACGACAAUCAAGACUUAUUUGACCAUCACAGGGUGACCACUUAUAAUCCUCAUAAACUUGCAAUUAAACAAAGACUGAAUAAUAAGCCUAACACUCCACGAUUUACUCAAUUAGAUUCACCGUCUAUCAAUGAUAACACGAAUGUUCAAAAUACACCGAGCAAUACUUAUAAUAAGAAAAAUCAAUUUAAUGUGCCGAAAUCAAAUGCCAACGUAUAUCACAGUUCUUCCACUGAAUACAAGGGACUUCUAGACAUAGAACCUUUACUCGAAGAUGAUAUAAGCGAUUUAAGUUCGUUUAGAGAGCUUAUGAAGAAUACUCAAGGAUCUUUUGACGUAGAAGUCAUUAAAUCCAAUCAAACUGGAUUAGAAUCAACAGAUGAUAGUAAACCUGAUGCUAGCUCUAUGAAUGCGGAUAAUUAUCCAAAGCAAGAACCGGUUAGACCGACUUCUACCACCACCACCACCACCACCACCACUUCUACUACUUCAUCAACAACCACAGUGAGUAAUGAACAUUCUGAUGAAGAUCAUGAUAGUGAAGAUGGAGAAGAUGAGGGAGAAUACGUGGAGUAUUAUGAUGAUGAUGAAAGUGCCGAGGUAAAACAUACAACACAAGAACCUCAUCCAUCCUCAUCAACAGAACAUGCCACAGAUAAUUAUGACGAAGAAUACGAUACGACUGAAGAACCCGAAAAGUCCACUGAAAUUUCAAAACAAAAUUCAACAGAAUCAUUUGAUGUUUUAGUAAUGAAACCUGAACAAACUAUGGUCAAGGAUGAUAAUUUCAAACAUUUUAUAGACACUACUGUUAUAGAUCAAACAGAACACAAAAUUCCCGAAGAAACGGAGACUUCUAUAACUGACGAUACAGCACCAACUGCUGAGGAAGAUGUAACUUCAAUAGAAACGCCAUCGAUAUUAGGUCAGGAAGUUGUGUCAGUCGUAACCACCAAAAGUGUAGUGAAUGGUACUAUAUCAAUUCCAGAUGUCACGUAUGCUCCAAGUACCACUAAACUUAGCGGGCCUUCGGAAGGUACUUCACCAACUAAUAACCAAAUGAAUGAUGCAUCGGUACCAAUGACAACUGAGAACUGGAUUGUAGUCGCAUCAGUUCAAACAAGUAGAAGCGUCUCAGGUGCUCGAUUCUUACCAUUCCCUACUGUAGAACAGGAAGAAAAGAAGCAAGUUUUAGCCGAUGAUAAUGAAGAAGGAAGUGACGAAGAAUCCGUAACCAAAGACCCAAGAGAAGAUACCAGCGGACUUAUAAAUCAUUCGUCGUCAACAGAAAAUAUUAACGACAAGUUAGAUAGUAUUCAGUCUGAACUAUCAAGUGCAGUUUUAUCGGGUUCAUUAAAUAAUGAAAAUAAAAACAUUGAAUUGAUAACUGAAUCAACUACUGAAAGUACAACCACUACAACAACAACGACAACAACUACUACAACGACUCCGCCACCAAUAAAGGUGUUCACAUUGAAGAGUACUACAGUUGCUUCUGUAACAGAAAGAUCUUCUCCAGAACCAUUACCUGUACAAAUUAAGAAAUUCGCUCAUCGUGUAACAACGUCUACAACACCCAAACCUAAGAAAAAGCCCUCGUUAGUCACAGUAAUGGAUGACAUAGCUGGACUUUUACCGGCUGGUUACAAAUCUAGGUUAUCAUAUAAAGAUAAACGAACCAGUACUACCACAACAACUACCACAACUACUACUACUAGUGCACCAGAACUAUCUAGCGAGAUCCCUAUAAUUAAUGGAACACAGGGUCGAUCAUCGGGUAUCAGUUCUAAGAACAAGGUUAUUGUAUUAGAUUAUAAGUCUUUACUUCCUAAAGAAUAUAAGCCUAAAGAAAACAAACCUCAAGAAGAUCUCGUUAAGAAAUUACAAAAAGAUGAUUUGAGCAAAUUAUUACCAGCUAAUUAUAAACCAUCAAGUACAGAAACGCCAGAUGUCAAAUCAAUUACGAAAUCGAUCUUCGAUAAAGUUGAAGAAGUUGAUAUUUCAGCAUUCUUGCCUAAAGGCUUCAAGCUAAAUGCUACAACUACUGAAAAGCCCAAACUGCCAGUCAACGCCAUUCCAAUAGACGUGUCAGCUUUACUGCCACCUGGUUUCAAACUGAACGAUACAGACAAAGAAAAUGGAGGAAGUCCUCUAGUCAAUAUAAAAGUGGCUGACAUUUCCAACUUAUUACCACCUGGAUUUAAAUUGAAUGAAACGGAAGAGGAACCAUCUCCACCCAGUAGUACAACUAAAGCACCUGGAGGUAUAAAACUGGUGUUCCCGUCUAGACCAGGUGGUAAAGUGAAUAGAAAAACAACUACUCCAAAACCAUUGGGCCCUGUUCCAGUCACGCCUAAAAUCCAAAAGGGUUGGCCUACAAGAGCUUCAACUGAAUUCACUGGUUGGCCAUCACCAUCUACUACGCCAUUUUCUAUUGAGAAGCUUCUAGAAGCUCAAAGGAAUGCUACUGCUACAAGUCCUCUGCCUGAAUUUAGUACCGAAGCAACGACUCGACGCACUACGACCACGACCACAACGACACCCGUUCCCCCUCCUCCGACCACUCCCGGAUUGUGCAAAAGAGAGUGUGAUAUUGCUGCUACUAUCAAAAUAGUAUCAGGAGUAAAAUGGAUACCUGAAUUAUUAGAUCAUAAUACAGAAGAAUGGCAACGGCUUGCAAAGGAUGUCAAGGAAGAGUUGAAUUCAGUCUACUCAAAAUCGGACUAUCUACGUAAAUGGUACAAGGAUAUCAGAAUCGAUGGGUUCAGUGAAGGCUCCGUUCUUGUUGACUACUUCAUCGAACUCAAAGAAGUAGAAGAAAGAGUGGACACAUUAGAUCUGAAGAAAAUGUUCCACAAAUCUCUACACGAAGCGAAGCCUGGUUCAGUUAUCGAGACUAUUACGGAAGAACCGAAAGAUGAUUUCGAUCCUGAUGUUAUGCUAGGAGAUCAACCUGAUGAAGAACGAAUGAAGAAGAGCAAUGAGAAAAUGACUAAGACGAUUGACAAGUCUGCUGGCAAGUUAGAAAUUGGAAAGUUUGUAAUGGAUCCUGCAUACACCGAGUUUAUAGUGUUGCCUAAACGUGAAGAGCCAACCGCCAUUGUUCCCGAAGAAGAAUCAUUCUUGCCUCAGUGGGGCAUCGCUGUGAUUGUCAUCGCGCUAGCAUCUCUUCUGUUCGUCGUAAUAUUUGGAGUUACAGUAUUGGUUAACCGACAGAAGAGUGCCAAAGCCAAACAGCCAAUACCACUCAGCGAAGAAAUGCUUCGGGAUUUGGAUAAGAGUCAUAUGGGAGGUUUUGAUGAUGUGCAUCAACUCAAAGAACGUGAAUUGCCGUAUCUUCCUUCGGGCAAGCGUAUGUCAACUGCCUUCAUCGAGCAGCUGGCUUACCCUAACCCGGGUGACUCGUGGCGGUCAGAGUGGACACCACAGCUCCAGAAGUACAUGCAGCAUUACACACCAGAUUCUGGGCGAGGAUCGCAGAUCUAUGGCCCUGUCGGAAAUGCUUAUGGAUACGGCGGUGGAUCGCAGCUGUAUGGGCAAACGGGCGGCGGGUCCCAAGUAUACGGUUACACGGGCGAGUACCCGCGCUCGCACUACUCGCGGCGCCGCUCUGACUACGACAGCAACUUCUAGACCCUUCUAGAAAAAUAUUCGCCUACUGAGACUUGACACAAUCUUGACAAUAUCUCCUUUUAAUCUUGAACUCUAAUUUAUAAUACUCGAAUAGAACGUUUCAUCCAUUCUGUGUAGAAUAGUCAUUAACUUCCAAAUACAUACUGUAACAGGUUGUGAAAUAAUUUUAUCAUUAUAAAACCGAACAUUAUUAGAUCGAAAUUAGAUUCGUAUUUCUGAAUUUAUAUGAUACGACUUUACAUUUUGCAUUAUAUUUUUAGCUGCUUUUAGUCCGGCCUAUUUAGGACUUAACAGUGCCAACCGAUAUGGUUAUGUCGCGUUUGAUAUUUAUUUUGUAAACAACAAUAUUUCUGUAAUUUAAAAUAGUUAUUAAAUGGAAAUUAUCUGCCAAAAUAUUAACUAUUUACGACUGAUUGUGAGAUGUAAAUAAGUAGAAUAAGAACUCACCAAUAUUAUAAGAGGAGACUAAUAGGUGAGGCUACGAAGUACUUGUGUAGAUAUCUCUCCGCAUACCUAUAUUUGCUCAGAACCUGUAGUGGAUCGUGCCGUGGCCCGUGUGUGAGCGUGAAACGCCUCUUUGUGCCAAAUGUUUGUGCGUCUGUGUGUGCGUGUAAAUAUAAACAUAAUAUUCCUUUCGUAUAGAGACAUUAACGUAUAGUGGCUAUAGAUGGAGCACCAUCGCACGGCGACCGCCCCAUUACCGCGGCCCGCGACCUGCGAGCGCUUGGUAGCGAACUAUUUACGCGGAAUGCGGGGUGUUCCCAUUUUAAGAAUAAAUCAUAUUUAUUCUAUAAUUUAACUCCUACUCAGUGUCAUUCGAAAUGCAUUAGGAUAACGAUCUUCAUGUAUGAAAUUCAUAAUGUUAAGAAUUGUAAUUGAUGAUCGUCAAUUUUUAAUUAUUGCAAAUAUCGUCAAACAGGUUCACAAAGACGUUAAAUUGUAAUUUAAAUGUAAUUAGCGAUUAGCUACUUUAAAAUAAAUAACAACCCUAAUUAGUGUGGAAGUUUUAAAAACUCGGGUUUACUUGGAUGUGUCAAAAUGAUGAAUUUCGUCAGAUGUAUUAAUUAUUACCUAAUUGUAUUUGUAAAUUCCUCGAGUAACGAGCGUCACGGUCAUUAUGUACCUACCAAUUAGACUAAGUAUAGUAAUUGCAUGAAUUCGUGUAUAUAAACAAUUUUUGUACAUGUAGAUUUUAAUUUAAUUAUUGACUAGUUAGUGACAAAGUAAACGUAUUAAGAUCCUGAAUAUAGAUAAAUAU